CAUUAUAUCAUCUCUAAUCGUUCCACCACUUCCGUACCCACACAUUCCCUUACCCAACACAAAAUCUCAUUCACCCUAACACCAAUUCCAAUCGAAGCCAUGGCUAGUGUGAAGCUAAGCUCUUGUGUACAUCCCUCUGUCAUAAAACCCGGGUCCAUAACCGGGUCCAACAGAUGCUUCCUCAAAACCCCACCGUUCCUUCUCCGGCAAAAGUUCACGGCGUUAUCAGCCGUCAGAGGAGACAGUAACACCGCCAGUAUCAUCCACCAAGAAGAAACACAAAGCCUAAGUUUCGAUUUCAUGUCUUACAUGAUCGGUAAAGCUAGCUCCGUCAACCAAGCUCUCGACUCCGCCGUAACGCUCCGAGAACCGGUCAAGAUCCACGAGGCGAUGCGUUACUCGCUCCUCGCCGGCGGUAAGCGAGUGAGACCGGUCCUCUGCAUCGCCGCGUGCGAGCUAGUCGGCGGGGAAGAAUCCGUGGCGUUGCCGGCGGCCUGCGCGGUGGAAAUGAUCCACACGAUGUCGUUGAUCCACGAUGAUCUCCCGUGUAUGGACAACGACGAUCUCCGCCGCGGAAAACCCACCAACCACAAAGUGUUCGGCGAAGACGUCGCCGUUUUAGCCGGAGACGCGCUUUUAUCGUUCGCGUUUGAGCAUUUAGCGUCGACGUCGGGGGUUUCUCCGGCGAGGGUGGUUAGAGCGAUCGGGGAGCUAGCGAAAGCCGUUGGAUCAGAAGGGCUCGUGGCGGGUCAGAUUGUGGAUAUCAGCAGUGAGGGGAUGGACUCAAACGACGUCGGGUUAGAGGUUCUUGAGUUUAUCCACGUUCACAAAACGGCGGUUUUGCUGGAGGCGGCGACGGUGUUAGGUGCCAUCGUUGGAGGUGGGUCUGAUGAAGAGAUUGAGAAGCUGAGGAAGUUUGCGAGAUGUAUUGGUUUGAUGUUUCAGGUGGUUGAUGAUAUUUUGGAUGUGACCAAGUCUUCGGAGGAGUUGGGGAAAACCGCGGGGAAAGAUUUGAUCGCCGAUAAGCUGACGUAUCCGAAGUUGAUGGGUCUCGAGAAGUCAAAGGAGUUUGCAGAGAGGUUGAUGAGAGAUGCUCAGGAACAGCUUCAAGGAUUUGAUUCCAAAAAGGUUGCACCUUUAUUGGCUUUAGCUAAUUACAUUGCGAAAAGACAGAACUAGUCCAGUUGUGAAUUUAAUUAUUGUGUAGUAUUCUCCGACAAGAGAUUAAGAAAAGUGGAUGUGGACAUUAUCUAUGCUUGCUUAUAGUUUCUGUAACAAAUUCCUAUGUUGGUUAUAAAGAUUGUGUAAGAAUUUUUUUUACUUUUGAAGAGGAAUCUUUUGUGUUCG